AUGAAAGAAACAGAGGGUAAAGUGAGACGAAGAAGCCAUUUGAAGAGAUUUGUUGUAGUUGGGGUAGUACUUGGUGUUUUAAUAUGGGGCUCAUCUUUUUUAAUAUCUGCCAUUGACCAUUUUCUCAUUACGUUGGAAACAAAGUCAUACCAUGAUAUUCAUUUCCAUGUACAGGAAUUGGAGUCUGAGCUGAAAGAUGCCAUUUUUGCAACUCCUUCAAACAGACCUACUGAAUUUGGUGACAAAAUCCCAUUGAGCAAGAAGGUUUUUGAUGAACAUGUGUUGUCUGCCAAGUAUCACGAUAUACAAUGGAUCAGGGCCCCUUCUUCAAUUCAUGAUGAUAGAGGUACCUACGUUAUCAAAAACGAAAAGGAGGAUGACGACUUUGAAGUUGUGGUCAAGUCGGUGGCAGAUGAAGAGUAUAGCCAGGUAUUGAUUGAGAAAUCGAAAUUUGAUUACAACGAUGUGGUUUACAAAGUUGACAGCUUUGUAGCUUCUCCAGAUUUGACAAAAGUGAUUCUCAAGACAAAUGUGACAUCUCAGUGGAGACACUCUUCAUUUGGACUCUAUUGGAUUUUAGAUGUUGACACACAAAAAGUCAAGCCAGUAUUUGAUGAAAAAAUCUCAACCAUUUCAUGGUCUCCAGACUCAUUGAAAGUUGCAUUUAUUUUCAACAACAAUAUCUACUUAAGAGAUGUCUCUCUGAGCGAGGUUGUACAAGUUACGAAUGAUGGUUCUACUGAAAUAUUCAAUGGUAAGCCAGAUUGGGUUUAUGAAGAAGAAGUGUUUGGAAGCGACAUUGUUUUGUGGUGGUCACCGUCUGGUGACAAGUUUGCAUUUUUGAAAUCAAACAAUUCAGAAGUACCGGAAUUUGUCAUUCCAUUCUAUGCUCAAAACAAUUUCGAAGAUUAUCCUGAAAUUGUGAAAAUCAAGUAUCCAAAGGCUGGCUACCCCAAUCCAAUUGUUGAUCUUUGGACAUACGAUUUGCAUGGCAACAAAGCUAAGAAGCAUGACCUAGACUCAAAGAAAAUUGAAUUGACCGACAGGUUGAUUACGGAAGUUGUAUGGGUUGGAGACGACAACGUUUUGGUGAAAACCUCCAAUCGCGCUAGCGAUUUACUUGAGAUAUAUCUUGUAGGAGAGGAGUCAAAGUUGGUGAGGUCUCAAACAGCUGACAAAUCAUGGUUUGAGAUUACAUCGCACACAUUAUAUGUCCCUACAAACAAAACAGCCGGGCGCGCAAAGGAUGGGUAUAUUGACACUGUUGUUGACAAUGGGUUUAACCACUUGGCGUAUUUUUCACCUCCGGACUCAUCCAAAUACGAGCUUUUAACAAAGGGGAACUGGGAAGUUGUUGAUGGGGUUGGUUCAUUUGAUUACAACACAAACACCAUUUAUUUCACCAGCACGUUGAAGUCCUCUAUUGAGAGACAUAUCCAUUCGAUCAAUUUGUUUGAUAGAUCUGACGAUGGACUCCCGUAUAUAAGAGACAUAACAGCCAAGGAGGGCUACUACUCGUCAUCAUUUUCGUCAGGAGCGCGGUUUUUAUUUUUGUCAGCUUUGGGUCCUGAUGUUCCCAAACAACAGAUUAAUGACUUGAAGUUGGAAAAGAAAGUCAAGGUGAUUGAAGAUAAUUCAGGUUUGGUUGAAAAGUUGAGAAAGUACGUGAUCCCAGAGGUGAAAUACAGCACUGUUGAAUUAAAGGAUGACGAUGGAGAAACUUUUUUUGCAAACGCAGUUGAAGUAUUGCCUUUGAAUUUUGACAAAAAGAAAAAGUACCCCGUGUUGUUUCAAAUCUAUGGUGGACCCGGAUCUCAAAUGGUUGACAAGAGAUGGUCUAUUUCAUUCAACUCAUUAGUGGCUGCAGAACUAGAUGCCAUAGUCGUCACAGUGGAUGGGAGAGGAACUGGUUACAACAAUUUGAACACCAAGUUGGGAGCCAAUUUCAAAUUUAUUGUGAGAGACCAAUUGGGUAAAUAUGAGCCACGGGAUUUGAUCUCAGCAGCAAAUAUUUGGGCAGAAAAGUCGUAUGUUGACCGUGAAAGAAUUGCCAUCUGGGGUUGGUCAUAUGGAGGAUUCCUUACAUUAAAGACAAUUGAGACCGAUGCAAAGGACCCCAUUUUCAACUACGCGGUAGCCAUAGCGCCAGUCACCAAAUGGAAAUUGUAUGAUUCCAUCUACACUGAGAGAUACUUGAGAACACCAAAUGAGAAUCCACUGGGUUACGAAACUGGAUCAAUUCACAACGUCACCAAUUUCAAACACGCCAAGAAGUUUUUCAUUGGCCAUGGAAGUGGUGACGAUAAUGUUCAUGUUCAACAUUCUUUGCAAUUGUUGGAUGAGUUUAAUUUAGCAGAGGUGGAAAAUUUUGAAUUUAUGAUAUUCCCCGAUUCAAAUCAUGGAAUGACUUAUCAUAAUGGACAAAAAGUUGUUUACGAUAGAAUUUUAGAUUUUUUCAAAAGAGCGUUUGAUUACGAACUUGAUUAG